CCUUCAUCAGCUGGCUCCAAACGGCAUCCUGCCUCAGCUGUUCCAGAGCAGCAUUAAAGAUGGCAGCUUUCUGCGGACUCUGGCGAUGUCUCUGAUCGACUUCAAUGAGCUGAGCUCUGUGGCGGCGCUCAGUCAGCUGCUGGAGGGCCUGAACAAUAAGAAAGCUCUUCCGGCCGGAGGAACCAUCCUGCACUGCCUGGAGAACAUCGCCACCUUCAUGGAGACGCUGCCCAUGGACUCACCCAGCAACCUCUGGACCACCAUCUGCAACCAGUUCCAGACCUUCCUCACCAAGCUGCCCGCCGUGCUGCCGCUCAAGUCCAGCAGUUCACUCAGGUACUGUCUCAAACACUCCAUCGCUGCUGUCGUACACUGA